AUGCCAUAUGGCUUGGGAAGCAGCAGUACAAGUCAGAAUUGUGCGUAUAAGUGGGUUCGGCGUGGUGCUUCAAUUAAAAGCGAUGAGAAGUCCGGGAAAUUCGUGGUGGUCUGCCUACUGCUGUUGACGAUCACAGCCGCUCAUGCAGCUCCGGUCGGAAAAGAUCUGGCUGUGCCAUCGGACCCAGACAGUUUGGGGAGAUAUGAAGGCGAUUUCAUUGAAAGUGUAAUGGAGUGGGGCAGGGCUUGGUCUAGAGCGUCUGAAACUGUGAAGGUUGCCUUUGUGCGUCAUUUCACUCCAUCUUCCUCAACCAAUCCAGCGCAAUUUCGGGACCCAGUGGUUCUUUACAACAAGCACAUUCAGCCGAUGGCUCUAGUAGAGCGGCCUUCGAACCUCCGAGACAAAGUAGCCGUUAGAAACUACGUCCUAUCACUACGGCUGCUGCAGGGCGUUUGUGGCGCUGCUGCAGAACGCCUGAAGGUGCUGCGAACUCUGGAAGAGAUCCACCGGGACACUGGACUUCCAGUUCCCCUGUUGGACCUCGAAAGCAAAAUUGACCUGGAACCUGUGGAAUACUGGUUGGCUGAGGAAGAAAAGGGACAAAAUUUAGCUUCCUAUGGCGAUUUCCUGGAUAUGUUGGGCUUCCGGUGGCGCGAGGAUCAGCCCAACAGAGUGCCCCAAGCUCUGGUGGAGAUGCUGGCGAACAUGUACACUGUCCAAGGCGUCCUGCAAAUGGGUGUUUCAGACGCCCACGAGCGUUUUAUGCCGUUCUUUGCCGCUCUAGGAGUGGAUGGCUACGCACCCGACAAAUCGGCAAUGCCCUUCACUCUUCCAUAUUCAGGGAAUCUAUUUCAGGCGAGCUUCUUCGCUGCCACGCCGCCCAGCAGCCUGUACAAAAAUGCCUAUGUGCAUAUUCUCAGACAGACAGUGCGCGACUUGCGCUUCCGCUAUGAGGGCGGCUGGUGCACCGCAAAUGUCUGGAAAGAAAUAUUAAGGCAGCACGAAGUAAAUGACCAGUUUGCUAGGAGCCAGUUAAGGUGGAAACGGAGAGCAGUGGAGGAAAAGUGGAACGGCAGGCACCCGCUGGCCCUUGAUGACCUGGAGCCCAUCGCUCUGUUUGUCAAGUGA